UAAUGAAAUAGUAGAUGCAAUUUUAUUUAUACAAUGCUGAAUUACAAAAUACAUUAUCUCAAGGCUCUUUACAUAGAAGGUGAAGGCCUUGACAAUUCUAGAGAAACCGACAGUUCCCACAACGAGCAGCACUUUGACAACUGGAGAGAAAAACUAAUUUACUGGAAUAAACCUGCAGAUCCAGAUCCAGUGUGGGCAACUUCUGCACCGACCGGUUGGUGAGCAGAGAAAAACGGGAAAGAGAGAAGAGAGAGAGACCAGAUGUGGAGCCCAUAAAGAUGUCCUUUAUUAAAUGUGAGUGUUUGCAGGUUCUUUGGAUUGAAGCAUCGUCCUGCUGCUUUGUGACGUCUCCAGGCUGAAGCAGCAGCAGCAGACAUGUUCUACACCUGUGGUCCCAACGAGGCUAUGGUGGUGUCAGGUUUCUGUCGGUCUCCUCCACUGAUGAUACCUGGAGGCCGAGUGUUCGUCUUCCCGUGUAUUCAGCAGAUACAGAGGAUUUCCCUGAACACUCUGACUCUGAAUGUGAAGAGCGAUAAAGUCUACACUCGCCACGGAGUGCCCAUCUCCGUCACAGGGAUAGCCCAGAUGAAGAUCCAGGGUCAGAAUAAACAGAUGCUGGCUGCAGCCUGCCAGAUGUUCAUGGGGAAGUCAGAGCCGGAGAUUGCUCAUAUCGCCUUGGAGACACUGGAGGGGCACCAGCGCGCCAUCAUCGCCCACCUGACCGUCGAGGAGAUCUACAAGGACCGGAAGAAGUUCUCCGAGCAGGUUUUCAAGGUGGCGUCCUCAGACCUGGUCAACAUGGGCAUCAGCGUGGUCAGCUACACGCUCAAAGAUGUUCACGACGAUCAGGAUUACCUGCAUUCCCUGGGAAAAGGUCGCACAGCCCAGGUGCAGAAAGACGCUCGCAUGGGAGAGGCCCAGUUCAAGAGAGAUGCUGUAAUCAGGGAAGCCCACGCGAUGCAGGAGAAAGUCUCUGCUCAGUACAAGAAUGAGAUCGAGAUGGCCAAGUCCCAGAGGGACUAUGAGCUGAAGAAAGCAGCCUAUGACAUUGAGGUCAACACUAAGAAGGCUGAGUCGGAGAUGGCCUAUCAGCUGCAGGUGGCGAAGACGAAGCAGCGCAUCGAGGAGGAGAAGAUGCAGGUGCAGGUUGUGGAGAGGACGCAGCUGAUCAUGCUGCAGGAGCAGGAGAUCUCCCGCAGGGAGAAGGAGCUGGAGGCCAAGGUGAAGAAACCUGCAGAGGCUGAGCGCUACCGUCUGGAGAAACUCGCCGAAGCUCAGCGUCUUAAGUUGAUCAUGGAGGCAGAAGCUGAAGCAGAAUCCAUCAGGAUUAAAGCAGAGGCUGAGGCGUUUUCAGUUGAGGCCAAAGGUCGAGCAGAGGCAGAGCAGAUGUCAAAGAAGGCGGAGGCCUUCCAGCAGUACAAGGAUGGAGCCAUGGUGGACAUGCUGCUGGAGAAACUGCCUCUGAUGGCAGAGGAGAUCAGCAAGCCUCUGAGUGAGGCCAACAAAGUUAUCAUGGUUUCCAGUGGAGGAGGCGAAGUGGGCGCAGCCAAACUGGCGGGAGAGGUGUUGGACGUCAUGACCCGCCUCCCUGAGGCCGUGGAGAACCUGACCGGAAUCAGCAUCUCCCUGGCGACCUCUCGUACAGGGUGAAGAGAAUCAUCUCCCGCUGUCGUUUAUCUUCUGCCUGGACUCUCUGCACGAGUCUGCUCUCAUGGCCUCCUUCCUCUGCCCCAACAACUCUCACGUAGUAUGUCAUUCCUCCGCCAACAACUUCUUGUGACGUUUCUGUGUCGUGAAAAACUCUUUCACUUUCUUAAUUUUCCUUUGUGUCAUUGAUUGUAAGCUUUGAUUUGGGAGGAAGUAUUGUGCUCCUCUGGCUUCAGUUACAGUUGUUGUAUCAAAAUACGUGUUAUUAUAUGAUCCACGUGUCAACUGAGUACAUCCUCUACAGACUCUGGGUUUUAAAACUAAAACGCCUCCUCAGUGUUAUAUCACAAAGAGUUGUUAAUUGAUUUUCAUUGAUAUAAUCAGAUGUGAAAACUGAAAUAAGCACCAAAUGUAACCGAAGUCUUGUUGAAUCCUGUACUUUCUUCUUCUCUUAAUGUCACUGUGUGUGUGUCCCCUGCUCCACUGUCUGUGUGUACCUGUAGUGUCUCCUCUAUAACUGCCUGUGUGCGUUGCCUUGCUGCCAAACCUUAAGUGCAUCUUAACAUGAAAGUUUAAUGCAAAGGGUCCAAAACCUUCAUAACCAAUCUACAAACUCUACACAGUCCAAUACAACACCGCCCCCUGUAGGUUCAGCACGUCACGCGUUUCAAUCAGAAUUGAUUUUACUACAUGAAUGAGUUAAGGAUUUGUCAAUCCUGAAGUAUUUUAAUUAUUUUAUUUAAUAAACAAAAUCAUUAAAACACAUACAUUUAUAAAAACAACAUAAGUACUUAGUGUUAUCUCAGUUGGUUGCAGAUUAAACAUAAUCAGUGUGAUGAUACCAUCUAUAAAUCUGUCUGUGUGGCUUUAUCACAUGUUAACUGUUUUAUAUUUUAUGUGUUUUCACCAUUUACGAUGUUGGGUGAUUUCUUCUCGUCUUAUCCUUCUGCACCAGUGUUGACUUUCAUUGUUUUUUUGAAAAUAUGCAUUGUAAGGUCCCUUUGAUUAAGUUAUACCACUAUAAUACAGUAUCUGGUAUUAAAUACCAUAAUUCUCUAAGAUUUGAAUUAUAUAAAUAUUGACAAAUGAUGAUGUGUGUUCACAAUCCUAAUACUACUGUAUUUACUGGAUGUAUUCUUAAGCAAAGUGGUGCUUUUUGUUUUAUAGAAGCCCGUAAUGUAGCAGCUCUUGUGUCUUAUUUAAAACAAUAGGAAAACCACAGUGUACAUGUGAGAUAUGUAUGAUUAUUGUUUUUUAAGUAAGUCUAAUGUGAGGAGAUGAUAAAUUUGAUCAGAAGCGAUAAACUAAUGGGGAGACAAGAAUAUUUGCAGCUUCUUAUCUCAGAUUUAUCAUCACACAGAAGGAUGAUGCUCGUGAAGGUUUAUCUCUGAACUGCUCAAACUAUUUAUAAAACUAUCAACUUUAUAUCAUAACUCUCACUCUAUCGCCCUCUACCUCACCACAACCCCUGGGGCUGGGUAUCAAAUCAUGUUUCACGUGGGCACCCUAUCUUAUUUAUUUCCUAAUUUAAGUUGUCAACAGACACACAAACAGUUGAGGAAUUUACCCAAGAAAACAUGUUUACGUUUCUUUAGUGUCAUUUGUUGGAAAGUAUUUGAUUUCACAUUUUGUUUUGUCGUGGCUGAUUGACGGCAGUAAAUUCAACCAAAAGGUUGUUUCUCUCUCCUCUGCAUGACACCCAGCCCCGAACGCCUCGCUGUGUGCUUGUGCACUGCUGGAUACCGUACAGCCAAAUAAUUAAAGCAGCUUUCUAAAAAGGCAAAUUAUAUUUAUUGGAAGAUUAACUCUGCUGUUAUCACACAGCCACAGACGCCUGUCAAACUAACUGUAAUCUUGAGAAUGCAUGAGCUUCACUUUGUGCUACUUCACAGUCACGUCAGGUAGGAAAUGUAAUCUUUGUGCUUCUGUAUUGGAGUGACUUGAAGUGUUCUACUGAUGCACCACUAUGUAUGAACAUAGAUGUACUUAUACAGUAUAUAUUUGAUAUUUGAUGCAGUAUUAAUGUAGCACUGUUACCAUUAAUAAUUCUACUAACUUUAACUAACAGCACUGUUUCAUCAUAGAUGUAUUUAAUAUAGUUUAAUCCGUUUAGUGGUUUUCUGUGUUAUAUCAACUCCUGGAAAAUACCACUCUGUUGAAUUUCAAUUAUUCUGGUCGUGUUUUAGCGAAAUUUGUACACGUUACAAAUGUCAUUAAAUUGCAAUUUUUUUUCUCUUUCUGAGAAGAGAGUAAUUAAUUCCUGACGUCUAUUUAUAACGUUGCUCAUAUCUUAUCUACCUUUCAUUUUUUUUUCUGACUUGUGCAUGUUGCUGCUGCUGUAUUUUUAUUCCUUUUCUAUUUUGCAUCAUUCUGUAAGUUGUGUUUCUGUUGAAUUGUAACUGGUUAAUGUUAUUUAUGGUGAAUGCAUGAAGGCCAGCGCUCACAUGCACCUUGAGGUCCUAAUAAACAAACAUUUGUUUUCAUUGAUCCAACACAAAUUGUAGAUUUUUCUGUUUGCACAGAACUAGGAAUACUAAUUUUUUUCUCCAGGGAUUCAAACGUGCAACCUCGACACUGGCCCUGUUUCUGUGACAGAUCCACGA